CCACGCUGCACACCGCGCGAUGUGUCACUCUCGCAGCUCGCUCUCCACCAUGACCGCCCUGCCGGCCCCGACCCCUGUCCCCUCCACCAGCCCGGGACACCGGCGGGGCUCUGGGCCCGAGAUCUUCACCUUCGAUCCUCUCCCGGAGCCGGCGGUGGCACCUGCCAUGCGCGCCCUCGCUUCUCGUGGGCACAAGAGGAGAAGCCGCAGGGUCCUGUACCCUCGAGCGGUCCGGCGCCAGCCGCCAGCCGAAGAGCCGAAUCCCGCCAAGAGACUCCUCUUUGUGCUGCUGACUAUAGUGUUCUGCCAGAUCCUGAUGGCCGAAGAGAGUGUGUCGGCGCCCCUGGUCCCGGAGGACGCCCCCAGCGCCGAGUCCCCGGCGCCCACGCCGGCGCCCCCGGUCCUCGAACCCUUCAAUCUGACCUCGGAGCCCUCGGACUACGCUUUGGACUUCAGCACCUUCCUCCAGCAACAUCCAGCCGCCUUCUAACUACACAUCCCCCAGAAGAAUCUGAAAAACCCAACCCACACCAGACGUAGCUGGUGCACAAGAGCGUAUCCCAAACUGGGACUUCCAAGGCAACUCAAACUCAACACUACAGCCGAGGCGCCAGCCGGGGUCCGGGCGAGCCCACACAGGCCGCCUCGAGGUGCCCGGCUGGACUCCUCAUUCGUAUUUAUAUGUAUUUAUAUGUCCUCCUAGGUGAUGGAGGGACGUAUGUAAUAUUUAUUUUAAUUUAUGCAAGGGCGCGAGAUCCGCCCCCUCUGCUGUAAACGCAGGUCUCUUGGUAUUUAUUGGACUUCGUGGGGUUGGUGGAGGCAGAGUGGGAAGGGGGGUGGUGGUGGGUCGUGGCUUUAGUGGGUGACACCCUGCGCUCUCCAGCGUCUCAACCCCGCCGGUCUGCGGUGCGAGGCUUCGGGGAACUGCUGGGAAUGAGGUCCGGGGCCGUCAACCUCCUCCAGGUUGCCCCUAAGGGGCGGCUGUCGGGGUCGCCCGGUAUGUUCUGUGAACACAAAUAAACCUGAUUUACGGUCU